GCGUUUCAGAGCCGCAUCGGUGUCGCCAUCAGCGCGUCUCGCUAAGCCUAACUAAAACGCGAACUUUGGCAUUUGUUUUCAAACGAUGUUUCCGUCGAAUUAUACCUGACCCUGUUGAAACAUCAUUAAAGCCAUGCCAUGCUGGGAUCUUAAGAAAAUCACCCCUGCACGAAGCAUCGCGCAAAAAUGUCCUUGUUCAUGUGCAGAACAAGACAAAGAAAAUUCCUGGCUAAGAUCGGACUGUCUGCCUGUGGGAUCCUGACACUGAUAUGGGUCACCAAAUACUACUUGGCCGGACACUACCCACAGGAAUCGUGGGUAAACCGUCAAAGGUGGAACGGGUGUCUGCGUACUGUGGUCAACCGGGCACGGAAACAGGACCCAGGUUGUGCGGAAGACAUCUGGAGAAACUUGGGUGCGGAUGAUCUCCCAGUUAUUUAUGUGAUCACGCCCACCUAUGCCCGCCCCGUACAGAAAGCAGAACUCACGAGGCUCUCCUAUACUUUUGCUUUGGUGCCAAAUUUACACUGGAUCGUGGUUGAAGAUGCGUCCCAGAGCUCAACGUUGGUAAAAGGCGUGCUGGAACGAAGCGGGAUGCCGUACACUCUCCUCAACACUUUGACGCCACCCGACAUAAAGCCGAGACCCAACGAUCCGUCGUGGGUUCGGCCCCGCGGCGUUGCUCAGCGUAAUGCCGCGCUGCGCUGGCUCCGCAGUCACGCGGAAACGUUGGACCCACGAGCUGUCGUUUAUUUUGCAGACGACGAUAACACGUACGACGUUCGUCUCUUUGAAGAGAUGCGCUUCACGCGUCGCGUGUCUGUCUGGCCCGUCGGACUUGUCGGCGGUCUCUACGUGGAGCGUCCGGUGCUGGGGAGCAACGGCUCCGUAGUCGGCUGGAAUUCCGUCUGGAGACCGCAGCGACCGUACCCCAUCGACAUGGCCGGAUUCGCCGUGUCGCUACGGCUUCUUCUGCAUCAAAUCGAGGCAGAGUUCACGGUGCAAGUUUCACGCGGCUAUCAGGAGUCGCACCUCAUUGGCCAGUUGGUGUCUGGACUCAGUGAGCUCGAACCCAAAGCUCAAAAUGAGGUGCUCGUGUGGCAUACAAGGACAGAGAAGCCAAAGCUGAAGCAGGAGGCUAAGCUCAAGGUGCCUUCAAACUUUGGGAUUGAAGUUUAGAACGUGUUAUGAAACCCGUCUUGUGUAAGCCAAGACCUAUUGUGGGUGUGCCAUUACGGGUUAGGUCACAAGCACAGCUGUGUGAAGAUCCUCUGUGUAGCUUUCCUCGUGUGGUUUCAGGUUUUACUUUGUUUUUUAAUUGGUGGAAGGCAAAUACUUAAGUGUUAUUUCAGGAGCUGUAAAAAAAAAAGGGUCGAAUCGUGCAAUAUUGGGUGGAAGAGUAGAUUUUGGGCCUGACAAAAAGAAAGCUGUGCUGAAUGUGCACUGCCUAGCAUUUUCUGAUGCCUUUAUUGGUAUAGAUGAAUUCACACUUUGCGAGUUUGUUUUUGAAAUUUUUUUGGUCCUACUUAAGGUCUAUACUUAACGUACUUGUCAACUUUGUUACUGUUCCUGCUUUUGCAGCUUGAUUGAUGAGUUGCACUAGAGCUCUGCACGGGCCAGCUUUUCCAGGCCCGAAAAAUGGCCCGACCGGACCCAAAAAUUCAGCAAAUAGAGCUCGGCCUAGGAUUUCCAGCCGUGACUUACGCGUCUCUAGAGCUUAUCAAACAAAUUUCUACGUAGAUUUAUAAGAAGAGAAGACAAGGCCACAAACAUACAACAACUGGUGGUUUAACGCUGCAACAGCACGAGAUCAAAGUAAAUACAGAACGCACAUCGUCACACUACAAGUUUUUGCGGAGGUAGAGGACGUUGUCGACAAACUCCUGCUCCCGAUCCCUACCCCUGUCACUAAGCUUUGCGAACGUGAUUGUGAAAGAUACGAGGAUUCAAGAAGAAUGUGACGAGGCUUUGAGAAGGUUCGAGAGUGUCGACAUCAUAUGUGUAAUGCAGUGUCCUUUGCUUGUUUUUGCAAAUAUAUGCGCAGGAAUGAUGCAAGCGUGUGAUGGUAUAAACUAAUAUAGUCCUGCAUUGUGUGGAAUUAGCUGCGUGACCCAGCCGAGCCAGGCUCUCGGAAACAUGUUUGUCGGCCCAGGAUCGCCCCGGAGCACAGAGCCAAUAAGAAGCCCGCUACUUGCAGUUGCACUAUGUAAUUUGACUCAAAACUGACAUCCAUCAUUUGCACAGCAGAGGAUAUUUCACCUGAGAUGUGCCUCAACAUUUGGUUAAUUUGGGCAAAAUCUCUUCAUUGUCGCUGCAGCAUCCUGGGGCAUAAAGCACUCAGUGCCUUAUUAAUGCAGGGUUGCAAAAAUAUAACCAGGACAGCACAGAGAUUGUCUGGCUAUGUCGGCUAGUAACCAUUAGUUACGCUACAUGUAGGCUGUUGUACAUAUUGAGUGCCAGCAGGUGUCAAACUAGUCUUCCGUACAUCCGUACUCGUUGAACAUCAUCUCGCAUAUUUCAUAUAUGUGUAUUCACACGUUGUUGUACAGCAUCAUGUGUAGUAGACAGCUUUACAAAGAAUGAAUGAAUUAAAAUAGCAUUCCUAUUGUGGUUUACACCGUCAAAACGCCAAAAGGAAAUGUUUGUAUAUAUCCUCAUUUACUUUUACGGUUGAAUGACUGAAAUUAUUUCUGUUACCUUUUGAAAUAAAAUACUGUGAUACAGUUAUGG